AUGUGUCGGCCAGCCCUUGCCUCCCUGUGUGUCCUCUCGGCCCUGUCCGUCACCUGGGCUAGGCCCCGCCUCCCUCCCCUCUCCACAGAGAUGAUUAGCUUUAUUAACAAGGCCAACACCACAUGGACCGCCGGGCAGAACUUCCAAAAUGCUGAUCUCAGCUACGUGAAGGGUCUGUGUGGGACCUUUCUGAAAGGACCAAGGCUACCAGAGCUGGUACAUUCUGUUGAAGAUGUGAUGCUACCUGUCAGCUUUGACCCACGCCAGCAGUGGCCCAACUGUCCCACUAUCCAACAGAUCAGAGACCAGGGUUCCUGCGGCUCCUGCUGGGCUUUUGGAGCAGCUGAGGCGAUAUCUGACAGGUUAUGUAUUCACUCCAGCGGCAACGUCUCUGUGGAAAUCUCAGCUGAAGAUAUACUGUCCUGCUGUGAUGAAUGUGGCCUGGGGUGCAAUGGGGGCUUUCCAAUCUUUGCCUGGGAAUUCUGGAAAAGGGAAGGUGUUGUGACAGGAGGCCUGUAUGGCUCCAAAGUAGGCUGUCGGCCCUAUACCAUCCCUCCUUGCGAGCAUCAUACGAGUGGCAGCCGUUCUCCCUGUCAUGGUGAAGGAGGAACACCUUAUUGUGACAUGCAGUGCAUCGAUGGAUACUCUCUAUCUUACCCAAAAGACAAACACUUUGGUGAGCAUGCAUACAGUGUUCCCCCCCACCAGAAGCCGAUUAUGAUUGAGCUGUACAAGAAUGGACCUGUAGAGGCAGCCUUCAUUGUUUAUGAGGAUUUCUUUCAAUACAAGACUGGUGUGUACCAGUACGUCACAGGGGAAAUGCUGGGGGGCCAUGCCGUUAAGCUGCUGGGCUGGGGGGAGGAGAAUGGGACACCCUACUGGUUGGCUGCUAACUCCUGGAACACUGACUGGGGAGACAAUGGCUUCUUCAAGAUCAAGCGUGGAAGUAAUGAGUGUGACAUUGAAUCUGAGGUGGUGGCAGGAAUGCCACUCGACUAG